AACUAUUUCAUCUACUCUUACCUUUCUCGCAAGGACAAGCUUCUUGCUUCUAGUUGCACCUAACAACUUCACAUCCACAUCUCAACCAUGACGACCGAGGAAGGCUGGCAUGCGCUUGAGGAUGGGACGAAGUUGUAUACGAAAACCUGGAAGACAGAAGGCCCGGCUAAAGCUCGACUAGUGUUCAUUCAUGGUUUCAGUGAUCAUUGCAAUACAUACAAUAGUUUCUUCCCAACCCUUUCUUCUAAAGACAUCGAGGUUUAUAGCUUUGAUCAGAGAGGAUGGGGUCGCUCUGUCCAGAAGCCAUCAGAAAAGGGCCACACAGGCCCUACCUCCCAAGUCCUAGAAGACAUUUCUUCGUUCAUCAAAACUGUCACUCCAUGUCCUAUUCCACUCUUCCUCAUGGGUCAUUCUAUGGGAGGUGGUGAGGUUCUAUGCUACGCCGCCCAAGGUCCCGCGGAUAUCCGCCAACACAUUCGGGGCUACCUGCUAGAAUCCGCCUUUGUCGACUUCAGCCCAGCCUCCAAACCAUCGCCAAUUACGGUCUUCUUUGGACGGCUCGCUGGCAAGCUCCUGCCGCAUAGACAAAUGGUCAACAAGCUCGAUGUACAGCUAAUUUCACGAAAUCCUGCUGUGCAAAAGCAGUUCCUGGAGGAUGAUCUGUGCCAUGACACCGGAACCCUCGAAGGGCUUGCUGGACUGCUGGACCGUACUGGGGAAUUGGCCAGCGGCAAGAUCAAGAUUGGAGACGCAGCUGGAGAGGGCGGAGUGACGAGAAUUUUCAUGGCGCAUGGAAGCAAGGAUGGCAUCACCAAUUUUGGUGCCGCAAAAAAUCUAUUCGAGAGUGUUCCAGCGAAGGAUAAGGAAUUCAAGACCUACGAAGGCCAUUUCCACCGCCUUCAUGACGAGCCUAGCCCGGAAAAUCAGAAGUUCAUGAACGACGUCGCGGACUGGAUACUGGCUCGAUCAGUAGAUCCAGUCCAAGUCGAAGUAGCAAAGUCGAAGCUCUAAAAUUAGAGAACUGGGGACUGAAUAGCGUUUGCGUGGCUAGCAGGGUUCAAUAGAGCAUACUGUUUUCUACUUCAUGAUCAUAUUCAAGCACGAGGUAGGUCUAAGCUCUCACCACCUGCAUGAUGUAGUUCGCGCGCUAGGCCACAAGUUCAGUACAAUGGCCGAAUGUUUUG